AAUCACAAGCUUCAUCUCAUUCCCAUAUGGAAAUGACUUAAAUCCCCAAACCCAGUCUCUGAUCGGUGCUCCUAGAAAAAGAUCAAGCCUGAACAUUUAAAAAAAGAACAUUUCCACCUCAUUUUUGAUGUUGUAGCUCUUGGAUUAGUGAUAGGAAGUGUUGAAGCAAAAAUUAAACUCUGGGCAUCAAAGGAUUUUAUUGCUAACUUGAGAUCACUCCAUGGCUGCCCCUUUUUAUUCUACUCCUUUUCAACCCUACGUUUAUCAGAGUCAGCAAGAUGCUGUGAUCCCAUUUCAAAUAUUGGGUGGUGAGGCUCAAAUUGUUCAGAUAAUGUUGAAGCCACAAGAAAAGGUUAUUGCAAAACCCGGAUCCAUGUGCUUCACGUCUGGGUCCAUUGAAAUGGAAAACACUUAUGUCCCUGAAAAUGAGGUAAGCAUGUGGCAAUGGUUUUUCGGCAAGAGUAUAACUAGUAUCGCUCUUCGCAACCCUGGUCCAAAUGAUGGGUUUGUUGGAAUUGCUGCACCUUCUCUCGCAAGGAUUCUUCCGAUUGACUUGGCAAUGUUUGGUGGACAGCUUUUAUGUCAGCCAGAUGCAUUUCUUUGCUCCGUCAAUGAUGUAAAAGUCAGUAAUACAGUUGAUCAGUGGCCGCGGAAUGCUGUAACUGGUUUGGAGGGAUUUCUGAGGCAGAAGUUAUCUGGACAGGGUCUUGCGUUUAUCAUUGCUGGUGGUUCUGGUCAUAUAAGAGCAUGCAUUAGUUUCAUUUUUCCAUGUUCUUUUUUCUCUGAUGUUUUUGUUCUCCCCUUCCCUCCCAGGAAGAAAAAUCUUGAGGCCGGCGAGGUAUUGGCAGUUGAUGUCUCAUGCAUUGCAGCCCUUACUACUUCCAUCGAUGUUCAAAUCAAAUACAAUGGUCCAAUAAGAAGACCAGUCCUUGGGGCCGACAAUUUGGUGACAGCCGUUAUAACAGGGCCUGGUAUCGUAUUCAUUCAGAGCUUGCCAUUUCAUCGAUUUUCACAGCGAAUUGCAAGGGCGGUAACAUCUCCGAACAUGAGGGAAAACCCGAAGUUCUUCAUUCAGAUAGCGAUUUUCUUUUUCCUUGCAUAUGUGGUGAUUGUAUCUUCUUUACUAUUGACAGAUGUGUGAAAAUGUCUUCCCAUCUCUCUAACCCUAAUUUUCAUUGACCAUUGCAUGAAUUCUUUUCAUCUCUGCUUAUGUAAACCCAGAUUGAAUAGAUCAAAGUGGUUGCUUCAAAGUAAAGAAACCAUUGUUAUGUUUGUGUUUA